UUGUAGAUGAACGAGUUACGUCCUGGAAGCGAAGGGAAAGGCUCGUCCGGUAACGUGUCGCCCUACCGGUACUUACUGUUGCGGUCUCCAUUCUUCUGCCGGCCGGCACAGACUCAAAUCGACAGCCGAGGGGCGGACUGGCGGACUGGCGGCAUUAUUUCAGAAAAUGGCCAAAAAGCGGAGGGAUGGACGAGAGUCCGACGGCUUGCUUAUAUCACAGGAGGAAGUCAACGCUAAUGCUACGGACUCCAUAGCACUGACAGACAGCCAUCACGCCACAGGGGUCUCCACACGCAUGUCUCUCCUCAUUCUCCUUGCUGUCUUUACCUGCUCAGCCUCAGUCAUGUACCUGGUCUAUAGGAACUUCCCAGAGCUUCCAGAUGAUGAAAUGGAGAAAAUCAAGAUCCCCAAAGACAUGGAUGAUGCCAAAGCUUUGGGAACUGUGUUGUCCAAAUACAAAGACACCUACUACAGCCAGGUGUUGGUGGCCUACUUUGCGACAUAUAUUUUCCUCCAGACCUUUGCGAUCCCUGGAUCAAUUUUUCUCAGCAUCCUGUCUGGAUAUCUUUACCCUUUCCCCCUGGCUCUCUUCUUAGUCUGCUUGUGCUCUGGUUUGGGGGCUUCCUUCUGCUACAUGCUGUCCUACUUGGUGGGCCGACCCAUGGUCUACAAAUAUCUUACGGAAAAAGCCCAGAAGUGGUCGCAGCAGGUGGAUAAACACAGAGAUCAUUUAAUCAAUUACAUGGUUUUCCUGAGGAUAACGCCCUUUCUUCCCAACUGGUUCAUCAACAUCACUUCACCUGUCAUCAACGUGCCCUUGGGAGUUUUCUUCGUCGGGACCUUUCUGGGCGUGGCGCCGCCAUCUUUCGUAGCCAUCAACGCGGGCACGACGCUGUACAAACUGACCACCGCCGGCGAGGCCGUGUCCUGGAACUCCCUGGCUGUCCUCGCCGUCCUCGCUGUGCUCUCCAUCUUGCCUGUCUGCUUCCAGAAAAGGCUGCAGCAGAAACUGGAGUAGCCCACAAGAGACUUCAGCACCUGAUCUACAGGCUGACCCCAACUAGCAGUAGCGGCCCCCAACUCCCGCCUCGUAGUCCUUUCGCCGCACGACUGCGUGCCUGUCGCUCAAGAGGCUCUCCCUCGGGCACAGCGGUGGGAGGAUCUCCCCUGCCGUGACACGACAAACGUGCCUCGCCCGCAUGGUCCGCACGAUGGCGGCUUGUUCCUGAUGUUGCGCAAAUUAUGACCUUAUUGAUCGUGGCACAUCCUACGGAGCCCCUAAGGGAACAUCGGGUGGGUCGGUGGGAGGGCGUGUUUCUCGUGCGCUCGAGAAAGUUUCUCAUGACUUUCUGAGUUUCUGCCACGUACGAUACAUUUUGUGGCGCACAAAAGAAAGCUUUUGUGGUGUGCACAACAGACUGUCUGGGACGCAUGAGAAAACUUGUUGGUGCGCACAAGAAUCAUUUCUGGUGUCCACAAGAAAACUUUCUGCUGCGCAAGAGAAGCACAUUUUUUUUCUCCCUAUGUCUGUUUUGGGGCACCUUAACAUCCUUUAUGUUAAGAGAAAGUCUGAAUGUUUUUUUUUUUUUUUUAUUUAAGAAUGAUUUAAAGGCAUUACAUGUAGGAUGUUAUGAGUGGAUUCUAAGCAGCUUUUUUUUUUUUUUUUUUUUUUUUUUUUUUUUUAAACAUGAUAGAAUUGGCUCCUAUUGGCCUUCUUUUAAAUUGGUGAUCGUUUUUCUUCUUGCUAAAAAUAGCAUCAGUUCACGACGAAGUCCACCAGUGUGGAAUUCCCCCAGUGAAUGACAUCAACAUCCUAUUUGUAGCACCUCAACAUUCACUCCCUGUCAUAUCUUCCGAUUUUUCUUUCCUGUUUUAUUUAUGUCUUUAAGGAAGGAAUAACUGCCGCAAUGUCACCGCUGCGUUGAAAGCGAAGUUCAGUUUUGAAAUAUCAUAUCGGUGCUUGAGUUGUCAAAUGUACAGUGCGGAGGACGGAAUUCAAAUGUAUAGGAGAGUAAAAAGUUGAGCGGGAUACAUGAAGCAAGUGCAUCUUUUGUUGAUGACUUCUACCUCUAAAUGCAGGUGGACCCGCUGCCACUUACUACUUUUUCCUGUAAUCUUUCCCCCCCUUUUUUUUAACAAUGUAAGAUGUGGAAGCAUUUCAUCUCCCUCUUGGUUCGAAUCUGGAGGAUUUAUGCUCGAGUGCAGUGCCAAUUGAUUGAAGCCAUUCCUGGUGCAAAAUGACUGAUUAGUCUUUUUGAGAAUUUCAAUUUUGCCUGAUAAUCAGAAGGCUGACUAAAUUAUUAAUUGUAUUUAUAUUUUCGUUUCUCUGCUGCUCAUGAACAUUGAUGGAAGUAAAUGUAGAUGCAGACCACACUUUGAUAUGAUGACUUUUGUUUAAUCUUUUGAAGCUUUUUUUAAUUUAUAGCAUUGUCAGUGUUUUUAUUUAAUUCCUUUGGCCAAUGAAAUGUCUUAAUCCCCCAAAUAUCUGCCAACUACUGUAAGGCCUUCCCCAAACUGGAUUUAAAAAACACGCGGCGAUAAACCACCUGUUGUGUGUAAAUUUAAUGUCGAAACAUUUGCUUUCACAUGUUUUGGGAUUGGUUUUGUCUCUCACUGACUUAAGAAGGAAGCUCUAUUUUACAGGGUAAUUCAAAUGGUAAAUGAAAUAAUGACUUAAAUAAAUUCUGCCUCAAUAUGGUAA